AUGCCAGAAUUGUCCGAAGCCAUCACCGCCAUCAAGGAGGGCGCCAAGGAGGACGCUUUCACUUACUUAACCAUCCUGCAGUAUAAUGUCACCUCGCCAGAUGUGUUACCGGCUUUGAGCCAAGUCCUCGAGUCAAAUCCCAAACUCACCCAGGAAAUAGGCUGGGAUUUGGUCCAGAUAUUGCUGAACAUCGAGGGAUCCGAAACAUGCCUGGAAAGUGUCGCCCGGCUGGGCAAUCCUCGAGAAGUCAUCAUCAAGGUCAUGGAGGCUUUGGACGGGUUGAGUGCCAAAUCAAGCGACGAAGCUGCGGAUGACGCUGCAGAAAAAGCAGAAGACAAUUCGCCGGAAAUCAAGGCACCGGAAAAGUUUGUUACGCUUUUAGGCAUGUUGGCUAUCUUGCACCGACGGAUCAAGACCAAGUAUCCGUCAAGAUUCCUGGCCCAAUCAUUGGUCAAGGUAUAUGAAGCCUACCAGCCGACUCCUGAGAUGACGGCUGCCGUCAUAAACUUGGUUCGAUCUCGUUCAGGCCAGAAGCGACCUCCACUGCCGACAAGAAAGUCCAGCAUCAAUGUAGCCAAUCCGGACCAGGAUGGAGACGCCUCUAAGAAUGCGCCAGAUCCAGAGGCGGAGCAAGAAGACCCAACUGAAGAGCAGCUACAAAAAAAAUUACUCCAAUCUUUUGUGACUUGUGUCCUUCAGCGAUAUGUCAAUCAAAACUGGAUGCAGUGGUCGGCAAGGCUACUGGAACAGCAUCACCCAGAAAGGAAAAUCCCAGGCGGCAAGACGAUUACGCAGGCUUACAACGAGGACGAUGAGCUCCACCAGAGGGAUCAUACCGUGGGACAGCUUGUUGCACUAACCCGGGAUUUGGGCCUACGAGACCCAUCGGCAUCUUUCGUCAAAAGUAUUUACGAAAGUGCUACCGGUUUCGAUCCCAUGGCAUCGUAUGAUGACUUCAGCACCCCCGAUCAGAUCCGCCUAUCGCCGGGUGGCAUUGUCUGUCUAAUCGCAUACUGGCUUUUCUCCACCGACGUUUUUCAAGCCGACAACCCACAACCAGAAAUGCACAUCUUCCCAGAUCAUCUGACUUUGCUGGAGCGCUUUUUGAGUGGUGCUGCAGCUCAAACCGAGAUCGAUCGGAAUCCGGGAAUGGGCGACGCCCUACUCACCAUUGGACUCGCCCUGUACCAACGAGAUCUGAUCACGGAAGGAGCUGAAGUGAAUAUCAUGGCAUAUCAUCACCAUCUGACGCUCAUCGCCGUCUUCCACCCAGAUCUCCAGGUCCGCAACGCAGCGACCACGUUUGCAGGCACGAUACUGCACUCAGACCCUGACGAUCAAGGUCGAUUUGAGAUUUUGGAAGAUCUAUUUGAAAAUUGUGCAUUCGCCUCGCUCAAGGCCUGCGCUGUGACGUGGUUAAAAGAAGAGCUCAUAUCGACAAGGAAAUCCUCCUCGUCUGGCAUCUUUUCUUCGCCGGAUAUCAUCGACCGUCUACAGUACGACAUUUUCCCGGACAGCCUCUCACUCAAAGACAACUCCGAUGAUGAACUAGUCGAGUACUGGUUCGAGAACAGCAUUUUCCUGCUGCAGGUUGCAAAUUUCGCAUACUUCUUGUUUGGGGGUAGGACGGACUUGUUGCCUCCCGGAGUGGGAGCUGCAGUGGAGCAGAGGUUUGUAGAGCCGCUGAUCGAGGCCGCGGAGAAGACUCUCAAGUUUGAGGGCUUGCCUAAUACCCAGGCCAUGGAUCUGGCAAUACUGGUGGACAGAUUGAAGAGUCUUCCGAUUUGA